AUGAUAGAUUCAUUCCCAAUCGGCCUCAUCGAUCAUCUCAACUCCCUGCCCCUUGAAGCCGAUCGCGACGAUCGGCCGUCCAAAAAGCCGCGACUCGACAUUCCCGCCGUAGAGCCUCUCGUCAUUGGCCGCGGAGACUUGACCGUAUCGAGGAAGCAGCCAGACGCCGAAGACGCCAACCUCGACAACUUCUCACGAUUCAAUGUUGGUGAAUACCUGACAGUGUCAUUGUUUCCAGAGUCUAGAUAUCCGAAGGACGUGGUUUUCCUCGGAUUGGCCUCUCGACCGAGAUCGCCAGCAGGGUUCUUGGAUGCGGGACUGGCUCUAUCCAGCAGUUCCAUCGGCCCCCAGGUUACGACGAUUAUCCGGGCAGCAGGCAACAAUGGAUUGAAGCGUUGCCAGGAAGCUGGAUUCUCAUCAGUCAUCAACAUCAUAGUUUCGCGCUGUGAUGACGUCCUCGAUAUUCAUUUCUCGUUCGAGCUCCAUUGGCAGCCGAGGAGUCAGUAUCAUGACCAAUUGGGCCACCAGUCGUACCAGCUGAUUCGGAACGUGAUCAACACAUUCUUUCCUCCAGAUGGAGAAUCUUCCACAGAUAGUGAGGAAUGGUCACCAUUGGACUUCUACGAAGCUGCAUAUGUCCCUUCUAAAGAUGAUCCUAUCUCGGACUCUAUCACUAUUCCUGGAAUGACAUCCACCCUUUACCCCUUCCAAAGAAGGACGUUGCAAUGGCUUCUGAGACGAGAGGGCAUUGAAUGGAUAAAGACAGGUGAUGAUGCUUCAGGUAUUGUGCAAGAGAUUGAUGAGGAAUCACCUGGCUGCCUCCCUCUCUCGUUCCGGGAGGUGCAUGAUCUGAAAGGCACACCAUGCUAUCUUAGCAAGGUCUUCCACCUAAUUUCCACUGAUUUAGCCCAGUUCCGUGCUUCAGAGCAGCUUCUGAAAGGAGGCAUCCUUGCAGAAGAGAUGGGUCUCGGGAAAACUCUGGAGAUGAUUGGGCUUAUACUACUUCAUCCUCGGCCUGAAGGCGGUCCUGAGCCUAACUUCCUCGACCCAAACAACGUCAGCCCGAUUAACGCGACGUUGAUUGUGACUCCCGCGUCCCUUCGUAGACAAUGGAUGGACGAGCUCUCCCGACAUGCACCCCAUCUUCGGGUUAUGCAUUAUUCUGGGUGUAAGACCAAGACCCGGGAGGAAGAAGUUGACCUUAUCUGCGAGCUAUCCGAGCAGGAUAUUGUAAUCACUACAUAUUCUGUUCUCGCGACUGAACUCAACUAUGUCUUGGAGCCUCCCGCCCGAGCCAUGCGUCACGAGAGGAAGUAUUACCGCACAAAAUCUCCCCUGAUGCAACUUUUGUGGUGGCGGGUUUGCUUGGAUGAAGCACAGAUGAUAGAAAGCGGAGUCAGUCGCGCAGCGGAGGUCGCUAAACUUAUCCCCCGAGUCAAUGCCUGGGGUAUAACAGGUACUCCUGUGAAGAACGCCGUCCAGGAUCUACGAGGGUUGUUGAUCUUCUUGCGCUACGAGCCGUUCAACUUCCUAACGGAAUCAUGGAAAGACCUCACUACAAGAUAUAAGCCCAUCUUCCGACAGCUUUUCAACACACUGGCGCUCCGACAUACGAAAGCUAUGGUUCGGGACGAGAUUAGGCUCCCUCGGCAGAACCGAUAUGUUAUCACCAUGCCCUUUGCGGCAGUGGAAGAGCAGCAUUAUCAAUCCAUGUUCAAGAAGAUGAUUGAGGAAUGCCACCUUGAUACGCAGGGUACGCCUCUAGUCCCAGAGUGGAAGUCAGAGGAUUACCACGAGAAAAUGAGCAGCUGGCUCAACAGACUCAGACAAGCGGCACUUCACCCGGAAGUUCUAAUCCGGCGCCUAUAUGGUGGCACAAAGAAUCGGCCCAUGAGAACGGUUGACGAAGUCUUGGAUGCCAUGAUAGAGCAGAACGAGAAAACUAUCCUAUCAGAGCAAAGGUCUUAUCUCAUGUCAAUGCUUACCCGAGGCCAGCUGCUUGAGAAUGGACCGCGCGUCAAAGAAGCGCUCGCCAUUUGGGAGAAGGUGAGAGACGAGAUAGGUCUCAUGGUUGACGAGGCUCAAAAGAAACUUGAUAACGCCGUUCGUGAAGCUACUAAUGGCCGCGUGUCGGUGGACGGCGCCGAUGGUUAUGAAUUGGAGAAUGAAAGUUAUAGCCAGGAGCAUCAGAGCAACAUAUCCGAGCUGCGGCGGAGAUUACGAUCGGUCCUCGAGGUCCAGCACCGAGCAGUCUUCUUCUGCGCUGAUGCGUAUUUCCAGAUUAAGGAGAAUAAAGAUUUUACCCAGCCUGACUCGGAAGAAUAUAAGAGGCUUCAACGUCUCGAGGACGAAGGCUACGAACAGGCUAAGUCAAUUCGUAGAAAGAUUUUGACUGAGAGUUAUCGGAAAACCGAAGCUUUGAGGAACCGCCUCUCCAACCGAGCGUCGGACCAAUCCUUCACGACAAUUCCGGAAUUGGUCGUGAAAAGUGAGCGCGGUUUAGAGUCACGACCCUUGCUAGAACAGCUCGAGGAAUUGUAUGAGAUGCUCAACCGGCAAGCCGACCAGCUGGACGAGUGGAGGGAGGAGGUGAUCCAAAUUUUGCUCCAGCCUUUGGUUGACGAAGAGUCUGAAGGCCCCGCUGAGCAAACCGGAGAGGAAUUUGCAGAUUCGACGAAGUUACAGGAUAAGCUAGUAGCCUAUGUCUCUGUCCUACGAGCAGCCAUUGCGGAUCGACAAGAUGCGAUUACGGGUCAAACCAACGAGCGUGUCCGUCAUGAGAUGCAAAUGGAGACCGCAAACGCCCUAGACGGCACCGUAUCACACGGGCCAUUGUUCCUUCAGCUGCGGGAGAUUCGUGAUCGGCUCAAGCCGGACCCCGCUGUUGCGUCAAUGCGCGGCAUAAUCAGCGCCCUACGCCAGGUCAAAAAUCGGUAUUUCAAAGAUGACGCGAAUGAACGGCAAGCCAUGGAGGCCAAGAUUGUGAAUCUCCACAUGCAGGCCAUCCAGAAAGACUCAAUGGCGCAAACUAAAGUCGCGACCAGUCUGGAAUCGGAGUUGGAACUAUUCACAUCAACGAUGAAUGCUCGGGUGGAAUACUAUCGCCAACUUCAGGCGGUAUCUGAUAGUGUUAUUCCGUAUGAGGGCGAGAAGGAUGAAGAGACUAUGCGUAAGAUGCGCGCCGCAGAAGAAAAACUUCAGCAGAAACUCGCCGCAGCCGAGUCGAAGCAUAGAUACCUCAUUAAUCUCAAGGAGACGGGCUCGAAGUCGAGCGAGCCUAGAAUUUGCGUGAUCUGCCAGACACCGUUCGUCGCCGGUGUACUAACGAUUUGUGGUCACCAGUUCUGCAAGGAAUGCAUGAUGCUCUGGUUCCGGGCACAUAGAAACUGCCCGGUGUGCAAGCAACACCUCAAGCCUUCUAAUCUUCACGACAUUGUUUUGAAGCCACAGCAAUUGCGGAUCCACGCUGAAGAUCUUGGCGGCAGAAGCGGCGAGGCUGGAAGUAGUAACUCAGGGUCAGGCAGCUCAAGGCAUGGUGGGCAACCGUCGCAGUCGGUGAUAUACACCCAGUUCAGCCCAGAAAAAUUGGAUGCGAUCAGGAACAUUGACCUGGAUGGACCAUCCUUUACGACCAAAGUCGACAAUCUAGUUCGGCAUCUACUCUGGCUCCGACAGGUUGAUCCGGGCUCCAAGUCAAUCAUCUAUUCCUCAUUUUCCUAUUUCCUCAUCAUUCUAGAGAACGCCUUCAAGCAACAUCGGAUCGGCUACACCUCAAUCACAAAGCCGAAUGGCAUCAAGACAUUCAAGGAAGAUCCGAGCAUCGAGGCGUUCGUUCUUUAUGCGCGAUCUCAUUCGAGUGGAUUGAAUCUCGUCAACGCAAAUCACGUUUUCCUGUGUGAGCCGCUGCUUAACACCGCCCUGGAACUCCAGGCUAUUGCCCGAAUCGAUCGGAUCGGUCAACAACAGGAGACGACGGUCUGGCUUUAUCUCAUCGAUGGCACAGUUGAAGAGUCCAUCUACAAUCUGUCGCUGAGGCGCCGCAUCGAACAUCUCGGUCGCGUGACGAAAGGAAAGUCGCAAGAGACGACGGCAGAGCAGCUUGACAUGGCAAACGCGCUGGAGAUGGAACAGGCGCCGCAGUUGUCGCGCCUCAUCCGCAAGGAUGGCAUCGGUGGUGAAGUGAUUGACAAGCGUGAUGUUUGGCAGUGCCUCUUUGGGCAGAACCCCGAGCCGUCACAGAGUGGUCCAUCAACUCAAGGUGUGUGGUCUUCUACGUCCGGGGAGGUUGAGGAGAGUUAG